AUUGUGGAGCUGUCAAACGUGUAUACCAAUACCGCCGUUAUUUAAUUCCACAAUUUAUUGAUAUUUCCUAAAGUUAUCUUAAUAAAAGUACUUAAUUCUGAGUGCAUUAAUUACUAAAACAAUCCAAAAGGCAAAGCAGUUGUAUAAAAGGCGGAAAAUAAACAUAACCUCAAAAUGUCUGAUGACGAUGAUGUUGUGUUGAUAAAGAAGCCUAAACAGGUGCAUUAUGGGUCUCUGGAGGAGCAGGAGAAGGCCAGGCUGGCCGCCCUGGCUGCUGCAGCCAAGGAAGGGGCCGAGGACAUCGGUGGAAAGGAUUUGGGAGACAUACAAGUUUCAAGCGAAUACAUGGAGCUGGAAGAGGAGAUGUCUCGCGACAAGAAGGCUUUGCUGGAGGAGUUUGAGAGGAGACGCAAGGCUCGGCAGCUCAAUGUAUCCACCGAUGAUGACGAGGUGCGCCGCAGUCUCCGUCAGCUGGGCGAGCCAGUGUGCUUGUUCGGCGAGGGGCCGGCAGAGAGACGCGUGCGUCUGCGAGAUCUGCUCAGCUAUCUAGGAGAAGACGCGAUCCACAAGAAGCUAGAAGAGGAGGAGGCUCGUAUAGAGAGGGACAGAGGACGGGAGGGAACCUGGUACCAUGAGGGACCGCCGGAGCUCAGGGAGGCUAGGCUAUGGAUCGCUAGGUACUCGCUACCUAAGGCGAAACUUAGAUUAUGCCAAGCUCGCGAAGACCUGAAGCUAUCAGGCAGCGUCAGAGCUGCAGCCAAACAGGAGUCGCAGCGGAAGGCUGCUGCCGUCUCCAUAUAUUGCAGUCAGAUAGGCGACACGCGACCUAUAAGCUUCUGCCGGUUCAGUAGCGAUAGUAAGAUGCUGAUCACAGCUAGCUGGUCUGGUCUAUCCAAGGUGUGGUCGGUCCCGGAGUGCACGGCGCUGCAGGUGCUGAAGGGACACAAGUGCAACGUCAGUGGUGCAGCCUUCCACCCCACUGCCGCCAUGCCGGACCAUUUUCAGAGAAAAUUAGCAGAAGAGAAAGAGAAGCUAGCAUCGGAUGCUGAGACUCCGAUGGACACUGAGACAGGCUCGGAGGCUGCAGAGCCUGCGGUGGCCAUGCAGGAGACGGAGGGCGUCUCCGAAGCCUGCACCAUGGCCACCUGUGCGUACGAUGGGACCGUGUACCUGUGGAAUUUUAAGAGCGAGUCCCCCCUAUGUUCCCUGGACGGGCACAGCCCGGCGCGGGUGGCGCGGCUGGAGUUCCACCCGUCGGGCCGGUUCCUCGCCACCACCGUCUUCGACCACUCCUGGCGACUGUGGGAUCUGGAGACCGCGACUGAAGUGCUGCACCAGGAAGGGCACGCCAAGCCGGUGUACAGCAUCGCGUUCCAGGGAGACGGCUCGCUCGCUGUUACCGGCGGCAUGGACGCGUUCGGUCGCGUGUGGGACCUGCGCACGGGGCGCUGCGUCAUGUUCCUGGAGGGCCACCUGGGGCCCGUGCUGGGCACCGACUGGGCCCCCGCCGGACACCAACUCGCCACCGCCGCCGCUGACCAUCAGACAAAAAUCUGGGAUUUGAGAAGACGAUCAGCCCUGUACACUAUACCUUCACACACACAUCUGUUGAGUGACGUGCGAUACCAGAAGAGCCACGGCCACUUCCUUCUAACCUCGUCCUACGACAAGACUGCCAAACUCUGGUCCAACCCCGCUUGGCACCCGCUGCGUACACUCUCCGGACAUGACAAUAAGGUGAUGAGCGCAGACAUAUCUUACGACAACAAAUACAUAGCGACCAGCUCAUACGACCGCACGUUCAAAUUGUGGGCGCCGGACCUCGCGUAGAUAACUACUAUACAAUUAUAUAAUACUAGUGUCUGCCAGCGGCUUCACCCGCCUUCUCGUGGGAUAAAACAUAGCC